AGCCACAGAGCAGAGCAGUCCCUCCCCUGCUAUAAAUUACCUUCCCUGCUAACUCAAACACCGCAAGGUGCAUAACCCCCAGGGACUUCAAUAACCCUCGUUCUUCUCUUUUCAAAAAUCAUCUUAGCUUCCGGGAAAAAUGGCGGAUAAGGUGGUUCUGUUGGACUUCUGGGCCAGUAUGUUCGGGAUGAGGGUCAGAAUCGCUCUGGCGGAGAAGGGCGUGGAGUACGAGUACAGGGAGGAGGACUUGGGGAACAAGAGCCCUCUGCUUCUGGAGAUGAACCCUGUGCACCAGAAGAUCCCUGUUCUGGUCCACAAUGGCAAACCCGUAUGCGAAUCCCUCGUCAUCGUUCAGUACAUCGACGAGGUCUGGAAGGAUAAGGCGCCAUUGUUGCCCUCAGGUCCCUACCAGAGGGCUCAGGCCAGGUUCUGGGCCGAUUAUGUCGACCAGAAGAUGUACAUGGCGGGGAGGAAGCUAUGGUCAUCGAAGGGAGAAGAGCAGGAGGCAGUGAAGAAGGAGUUCUUUGGACACCUGAAAGUGCUGGAAGCAGAGCUGGGAAACAAGCCAUUCUUCGGGGGGGAGAGCUUUGGGUACGUGGACCUUUCGCUGAUAACAUUCUCCUGCUGGUUCAAGGCCUACGACACCCACGGCAACAUCAGCAUAGGGGCGGAGUGCCCUAAGCUGAUGGAAUGGGUGAAGAGGUGCAUGGCCAAGGAAAGCGUGGCCAAGUCCCUUCCUGACCCGGACAAGGUCACCGACUUCGUUGCUGGAAUGAAGAAAAGAUUUGGGAUAGAGUAAAAGCAUCGUGGGGACUUAAUAAAUUUUUUGUAUGCUCGCUCUGGUGUGAUGAAGGCGUCAUUUGAUUAAUUCUGGCGUAUGGUAACUUUGGGUUAGGCCUGUGGGUGGUGGUGGUGUGGACGUAUUGUGUCUUUGCCCAUUGAUGGAGUUUGGUCUUCGGAGCUAGUUUGUCUUCUUUUAGUUUUUGUGAGGUCUGGUUUGUAAUAAGGAAGACACUUUGCUGUGCCUUCUGAACAGAAUGAAUGGUGAAGACACUUUGGUUGUCCAGACCACAAUGAAUGCUUAUCCUCUCUCUCUC